AUGGCUCAAAGAUCCGUCAGCAUCAAGUCCACUGGUGGCAGCCGGAGUUUCAGUGCCUCCUCGGCAUCACUCCUCCCAGGCUGCAGGACCAGCUUCAGCUCUGUGUCUGUGUCCCAGGGAGGGAAGAGUGGGAGCCGUCUUGGGGGUGGCUUUGGGACCAGGAGCCUCCACAACCUUGUAGGCGGCAAAAGGAUCUCUGUCAGUGGGGCAUAUCGCUCCAGCAGAGCUGGUUAUGGGGGUAGUUGUGGCUUGGGGUAUGGGGGCAUUGGAUAUAGGGUUGGGGGUUAUGGAUAUGGAGGUGGAAUUAUGGCAGGAUCUGGUGGCAUCCAUGAAGUUACAGUUAAUCAGAGCCUACUGGCUCCCCUCAACCUGGAGAUUGACCCAUCUCUGCAGAAGGUCCGGAAGGAAGAGAAAGAGCAGAUCAAGACUCUCAAUAACAAAUUUGCCUCCUUUAUAGACAAGGUUCGCUUCCUGGAGCAGCAGAACAAAGUCCUGGAAACCAAAUGGAGCAUCCUCCAGGACCAUAAGACAACCAAAGCCAACAUUGAGCCCCUGUUUGAAGCCUAUAUCAACAACCUGAGGAGGCAGCUAGACAGCCUGGGUGGAGAAAGAGCAAGGCUAGAAACUGAACUGAAGAGCAUGCAGGAUGUGGUGGAGGACUUCAAGAACAAAUAUGAAGAUGAAAUCAACAGACGCACAGCAGCAGAGAAUGAGUUUGUGGUGCUCAAGAAGGAUGUGGAUGCAGCUUACAUGAACAAGGUGGAACUGGAGGCUAAGGUUGAUGCGCUAACAGAUGAAAUCAACUUUCUGAGGGCUUUCUAUGAGGCGGAGCUGGCUCAACUUCAGGCUCAGAUCUCAGAAACUUCAGUGGUCCUGUCUAUGGACAAUAACCGCAAACUAGACCUGGACAGCAUCAUUGCUGAGGUCAAAGCUCAGUAUGAAGACAUUGCCAACCGAAGCCGGGCUGAGGCUGAGUCCUGGUACCAGUCAAAGUAUGAGGAACUUCAGCUUUCUGCUGGUAGACAUGGGGAUGACCUUCGUACCACCAGAAUGGAGAUCUCUGAAUUGAAUCGGAUGAUUCAGAGGCUACGUUCUGAGAUUGACAAUUUGAAGAAGCAGUGUGCCACUCUUCAGGCUGCCAUAGCAGAUGCUGAACAGCGUGGGGAGCUGGCUCUUAAGGAUGCCCGAGCAAAGCUGGCUGAACUCGAGGAUGCCCUGCAGAAAGCCAAACAGGACAUGGCCCGGCAGCUCCGUGAGUACCAGGAGCUGAUGAAUGUCAAACUGGCCCUGGACAUUGAGAUUGCCACCUACAGGAAGCUGCUAGAGGGCGAGGAGUGCAGACUCACUGGAGAAGGUGUUGGACCUGUGAAUAUAUCUGUGGUCACUUCCAGUGGGGGCACUGGAUAUGGCGGAAGCAGUGGCCUCUGUGUGGGUGGAGGUGGUCUCAGCAGCAACCUCUGCUAUGGAAGUGGGGUUGGAGGUUUCAGCUCCACCAGUGGGCGCAGCAUUGGGGGCAGCAGCUCCAGCAUGCGCAUCAUUUCCAAGACAUCAUCUACUAAGAAGAGCUAUCGGAGCUAA